CCCCGUCUUUCCCCCUUCUCCUCUGCAGAGGUCAGUCGGGCGAGCCAAGGAGUGUCAACGUGUGGCGACACGAAGCAGACCUCGCGGGGCUUGCGGAAGUCGAACCAGCACGUUGAAAGGCGGUUCAAUCUGGUGACGAGGGGCAGGGCCCGGUUCUACGCAAGCAAACAUUAUGGCGAGGAGCGUUAGAGACGAGGAUGAUGAUGAAGAAGAGAGGCAGGCGCUCCUUCAUCCCACAACUCUCGCACGAAGGCGCAAUGGGUGGGCUUCCUCACCGCCUUUACUCCUCGUGCUACUACUGACCCUCUCGGCGGGCUCCAAUUAUGCCGAGUCCUGUCUGGGUCCCCUCAAGUCGCUCCUUGUCUCAGAGCUGAACCUCACGAACGCCCAGUACGGUGUCAUUUCAUCGGCCACGCAGCUGUCCAACACCGUCGUGCCCCUCUUUUGCGGCCUGUGGAUCGAUGUUCACGGCGCUUCUAGAGUCGCCCGUCUUGCCACGCUCUCCGUCGUCCUUGGCUGCCUGGGAUCAGCUGUAGCUCUCGAGGCCGGGAGCUACCUUGGCCUCGUCGUCUCGAGAAUGGUGCAAGGACUCGGCGUUGUCGCCGUAGACAUGGCCGCGGUAAAGCUUCUUGUUCUCUGGUUCAGAGACGCGGGCUGGCUGGGCUCGGCCAUCUCCAUCGACUUUGCCUUUGCCAGACUCCUUGGCGUUGUGGGCAAGGCGACUGCCGUGCCCAUUGCCUCUUCCUGGUCGUCGACUCCCAAGACGUCCAGGACAUUUUGGGUAGCCUCAUUUGUCGCUUCAAUUUCCUUUGGCGCCUCGAUUGCCUAUCUCGGCCUCGAAGACGAACCGCGAUACCCCCGUACCUCUUUACAGACACAGACACAGAGGCACACACGCGCCCGCACGACCAUGAGGUCUGCAUUGACAGCGCUUCGAAGCCUCCCUGCCUUUUUUGUCGUCAUUGCUGCCACGCAGUUCUACCAGCCCAUCGCCGUCUUCAACAAUCUCUCCGCCGACGUGAUUCGGUGGAAGGGUCAGUCGCCAAGGCAGGCCGGCUGGACAUCGAGCCUUGGCCAGGUCGCGCCCAUCUUUGUCGCCCCUUGGCUCGGCCUCUUCUUUGACAAGCACGGCCACCGAAUGGAGUGGGUCCAGAAUAGCUAGAAAACUUUUUUCUCGAUAGUUUCUUUCUCACUUCUCUUCUCUGGGCCCUCUCGUUGCAGAUUCGUGCCGCUCACCGCUUUUCUGCUGGCUACAUGCAUGGCCUUGCUCGCAUACACUGACCUUAGCCCAAUCGUGGCCAUGGCCGUCUUCUCGGUGGCCAACGCCAUCAAUACUCCCCC